AUGGCUGCCUCCUCCAACUCUACCGGCGAUGUCCCCCCUCAGGGUGGCAUUCUCGAAGGCGGCAACCCAUCUCACUAUGAUCCCAAGAACCCCAUUGUCAUCUUUAUCAUCCAGGUCAGGCGUCUCUUCCGUUCAUGUGAUAUUCGUCAACCCCGAGUCAUCGCGGAGGUCAUCGCCGGUAUCCUGCUGGGCCCGUCCGUCCUGGGCCGGAUCCCAGGCUUUACAGAGGCCAUCUUUCCGACCGCGUCCCUCCCCAACUUGAAUCUGGUCGCCAACUUGGGGCUGGUUCUCUUCCUCUUCCUGGUUGGGCUGGAAACCGACCUCCGUUUCUUGGUCAGCAAUUGGCGGGUGGCGGCCAGUGUCUCGGCGGCGGGCAUGAUCCUGCCAUUCGGGUUUGGAUGCGCCAUCUCGUAUGGUCUGUACAAUACCUUUCGCAAUGAGCCAGACACGGUCCCUAUCGAUUUCGGCACCUAUCUACUGUUCAUCGGUAUCGCCAUGGCCAUCACGGCCUUUCCCGUCCUGUGCCGUAUUCUGACCGAGCUGAAAUUGCUUGGAACCAAUGUCGGUGUCAUCGUGCUCUCUGCCGGCGUGGGAAACGACGUUGUCGGCUGGAUCCUCCUCGCGCUUUGUGUCGCACUGGUCAAUGCAGGAUCCGGGCUGACAGCUCUAUGGGUCCUUCUUGUGGCUGUGGGUUACGUGCUCGUCUUAGUCUUGGUCUUUCGGCCUCUGUUCCUUCGUUUUCUCGCAAGGACGGGUAGCUUGCAGAAGGGGCCUAGCCAGUCGGUUGUCGCCUUGACACUGCUGAUUGCUCUCGCAUCUGCCUUUUUCACCCAGGUCAUUGGAAUCCAUGCCAUUUUUGGCGGUUUCCUGAUCGGGCUGCUGUGUCCCCAUGAAGGCGGUUUUGCGAUCAAGCUCACGGAGAAGAUCGAAGAUCUCGUUGCCGCUCUGUUCCUUCCUCUAUACUUUACCCUGUCUGGACUGCAGACCAACCUCGGAUUGCUGAAUGAUGGCACCGUGUGGGGUUACGUCGUCGGAGUUAUCGCGAUCGCCUUUAUUGCCAAGGUCGCUGGAGGGGCGCUAGCCUCCAGGUUGUGUGGUCUCCUGUGGAGAGAAAGCCUGUCGAUUGGGGUCUUGAUGAGCUGCAAGGGUCUGGUCGAACUGAUCGUACUGAACAUCGGUCUGCAAGCAAACAUCCUGAGUAUCCGUACAUUUACCAUGUUUGUCGUCAUGGCGUUGGUCACCACCUUUGCGACCACCCCACUGACCACCCUGCUGUAUCCGAAGUGGUACCAGAUCAAAGUGGAACGCUGGAGACGCGGAGAGAUCGACUGGAAUGGCAAUCCGAUCCAGCCUGAUGGCCGUGUGGAUAGUGUUGCCGUCGCCAAGGAUCAAUUGAACUCUAGUGCAGUUCGCAAGGUGUUGGUGUAUCUGCGCCUGGAUGGGCUAUCGAGCAUCUGUACCCUUGCCGCUCUUCUAGGGCCUAACCGCUUCGCUCAGCCUCCAGCUGCAAAAGUGCACCCGGAUAAGAAAAAGUCGUUGACCACCUCCCCUGAACCGGCGGCGGAAGAGUCCGCCGCGACGGAAGUCGAAGAACCAGCUCUGCGGGUGCACGGAGUGCGGUUGAUGGAACUAACGGAUCGUGACUCUAGUGUCAUGAAGGUAUCAGAGAUUGACGAAUAUUCUCUCUGGGAUCCUGUGGUGAACACCUUCCGCGCGUUUGGUCAAUGGCAUGACAUCUCCCUCAUGGCGGGCGUCUCUGUCGUUCCGGAGUACUCAUUCGCUGACACCGUUGUGGGAAUGUGCCGCGAGGAAUCCAGCGACCUGCUUCUGAUCCCGUGGAGCGAGAGCGGUGCAAUGAGCGAGCAACAAAGCGGACUCGGCGUGGAUGAAUCCCGUCGUUUCGUGAAUGGCCCCUACACUGAUUUCGUCUCGAGUGUUCUCGGUCAGUCGCCGUGCAGCGUGGGAGUUCUCAUCGAAAGAAGCGUGUACACGAGGAGUUCUCGGCGGCCCCUUUUGUCCCGGCGGUCCCUGAGCGCGAUGAGUGUGCGCAGUUCAGUCUGGAACAGUGCGCCUUCGGCUGCCUUGUCCCAUCAUAUUGUGUUGCCGUUCUUUGGCGGCGACGACGAUCGGUAUGCGCUGCGGUUUGUCCUCCAACUAGCACAGAACGAUCAAGUGACCGCUACCAUUGUGCACAUCGAUGCCCCGCUGUACCAAGGGGCUUCGCCGAGCGACGAGUCGAGUCCUGCAGGCGCAAGCAACGAGACUGCAGCAAGUCAGUCGCCCUUGGGGCCGGAGUCGGAUUCUGCUUUUGUAGGGGCGUUGCAGGACUCGUUGGCCGAACCCCUUGCGUCGCGGGUGGUCUUCAAGCGGAUUUCGCCCACCAAGAAGGAGAAGGACCCGGUUACCCUGGCAGUGUCGGCCGCAAAGGAGGAAAUGAGCAAGUCCACCCACAAGGCUGGGAAUUUGGUGGUUGUUGGACGUCGCAACAACCGGGUGGGUUCUGAGACGGAUAUCAAUGCUUCAUCUGACGAGGUCGGUGGUGACACGAGUAGAGCUCUGGGAGCAGUUGGACAAGCCAUGGUACGCACGGAGAAUAGGAUCAUCGGCAACGUUCUUAUUCUGCAGGCUGGUCGGGUAGGGUAG